AGGUCCCGCCGGACUCCUCCUCAGUUUCGGGCGGAGCGCCGAGCAUCCCAAAAGCAACGACCCAGAGCGACUGAGACCGCAGAGCGACACUCGCGCGCCUUCGCACCGUGAGCCGCUGUUGGCAGGAGACGCCCAUCCACGUGCACGAGAAAGAAGCGUUACUCUGGUUUACGGCACCCAGCGCCCAACGUCCAUGAUGAGGAUGCUCUACCUGUGGCUGCUCCUGGCGCUCGUCCCGCUGCUCUCGGACCCGUGGCCGGUGGGGACCGAUGAUGGUUGCUUCAGCGAAAAGAACUCCUUCUUCUGCGUGGGGGACGAAGUGCGUCGGAUGCCCGCCGUCAUCCCCAGCGACACCACCAGCGUGUUGUUGAAGCUGACGAAGCUCACGAUCUUACCACCGCAGGCUUUCUGGGGACUGAAUGAAGUGUCCGAAAUCAUGUUGACAGAGAACGGGUUCCUGGAAGAGAUCGGAGCACUCGCCUUCGCCAACCUCUCUAACGUGGUUGAAAUGUAUGUUUUUCUCCCUCAUGUUCAACUCCACGUGAACGAUGUGGAAAACUGUUACAUCCCAGAAUACUCUUCAGCUCUGCUUUCCCAUUACAGAACAAUCACCGCAUCCAAAUAUCUGGCUGUGAUCCAUAAGGAUGCCUUCUGGGAUCUGCCGAAUCUGAGAUACCUGUCCAUCAUGAACACCGGCCUCAAACGGCUGCCUGAUUUCACCAAGAUCCACUCAGCAGCACAUGACUUCGUGCUUGACUUCCAGGACAACCUGUACGUAGACGUGAUUCCACCCAACGCCUUUCUGGGAAUGACCACUGACAUUGUGGAGGACCUGAGACUGUCCAGGAACGGGAUCACUGAGGUGCAGAGCCAUGCCUUUAACGGCACGAAAAUGACGAGGCUGUUUCUCAUGGGAAACCAGCAGUUAAGGCACAUCCACAGCCAGGCCUUCACGGGAGCAGAAGGCCCCGGUGUAUUGGACAUCUCGCAGACGGCUGUCAGCACCCUGCCGGAGAACAUGCUUCACGGCCUCAAGCUGUUGAGGGCCGUGGCAGUGCAGAACCUGAAGAAGCUGCCCAGGGGGGAGCUCUUCACUCAACUCGUCGAGGCCAACCUGACUUACCCGAGCCACUGCUGCACCUUUGCCAACUUAAGGAGGAACACGUCCACGGAGAGCCCCUUGUGCAGUCUACCCAACAUCGAGGAGGAACAGCCACGCUUCUUCUGGGAGAACUGUCAGACAAACAACGAGGUAUCCUGCUUCCCCAAGCCAGAUGCCUUCAACCCGUGCGAGGACAUCAUGGGCUCCACCUAUCUCCGCGUGUUCAUCUGGCUCAUCAGCAUGUUGGCGAUUGCUGGAAACCUGCUGGUGCUAGCCGCGCUGCUGAGCAGCCACUACAAGCUCACCAUGCCACGCUUCCUCAUGUGUAACCUGGCCUUUGCUGACCUCUGCAUUGGUGUCUACCUGCUGAUCAUUGCCGCCAUGGACAACCACACUCGCUCGCAAUACUACAACUACGGGAUCGACUGGCAGACAGGGCCCGGAUGCACCAUUGCCGGCUUCAUCACUGUCUUUGCCAGCGAGCUGUCGGUCUACACGCUCACGGUUGUCGCUCUGGCGAACUGGCACAUCAUGUUUCCGCUCCUAGCGGACCAACGCACACUGCUGCGGCACGCUCGCGCCAUCAUGACCGUUGGCUGGGUCUUUGCCUUGCUGGCCGCCGUGCUCCCUGUGGUCGGGGUUAGCAGCUACUCCAAAGUGAGCAUCUGCCUGCCGAUGGACGUGGAGACGACAGUAGCCCAGGUGUAUGUGGUGGGGCUGCUGCUGCUGAACGUCCUGGCCUUCCUGGUAGUUUGCAUCUGCUACCUGCGCAUCUACCUGACUCUGCGCAAUCCCAACUUUGUUCCACCUGGUGCCGACAUAGGCAUGGCGCAGCGGAUGGCCAUGCUCAUCUUCACCAACUUCCUCUGCAUGGCUCCCAUUUCCAUCUUUGCAAUCUUGGCCGCGCUCAAGCUACCCCUCAUCACCAUGUCCCAUGCCAAGGUGCUGCUGGUGUUCUUCUACCCCAUCAACUCAUGCUCCAACCCCUUCCUCUACGUCAUAUUUACCAAGACCUUCAAGAGGGAUUUCUUCUUUCUGGCCAGCCGCUUUGGGUUCUUCAAAGCCAGAGCGCUGGUGCACUGCACCGAGAUGCCCUCACCCCUGAGAAGAGUCUGGGUGUCUACCCGCAAUGAUACCCUCCACUCUCUGGAGUCACUUAACGAUUUUCGCUGAGCUCUGACCCCAGCUACCUUAACCUUUAACACUGCAUCUGUCAAUGUCCAUAUAAUAUUGAUGGCAGAUACUGAAAGUUGUGUGUUAGUUUUACAUUUAUUGAUUUAGCUGAUGCUUUUCACCAAAGCAACUUGCAGUGUUAAGGUUA